ACCCUCUUCUUCUCCACCUUGUAUAUCAUCCCUUUUGUGACAACAAAACCACUGAUCAUCAUCAUCUCCACCUUUAUUCCCUUUCCUCCUGCAAGUCACAGUGCUGUACAGCAAUAUUUACCAGGUUUCUGCCUCCUGAAUUAACCCAAAUAUAUUGACAUCACAAGUCUUAGCUGGCUCUGCUCAUCUUUCUCUCCACCCAACACACUCAACUCUGUGAUUUCCAAACCUUCAUUGAGACACACCAAGCCACAGACAGGCCACUGUCACACUAUGCAGCUAUAUAACUCUAUGCAUCUCCCCAGUGAGCCUCACCCAUGCCAAGUUCAAGCCCCUCUAGAAUUUGGUCUCAAGGCCUUAAAUCUUGACCCCCAAAAAAACACUCCUCACAAAAACUGCUCCAUGAUGCUGUCUGAUCUUCUCUCUCCAACUUCUUCAUCUCUCUUGUCUGGAGACUAUAUUGGAAUGGAGAGCUCUGUGGAUGUGCAGAAAGACUGUGAGGAGGACCAGGUGGUGCAAAAUGAUGAUGAGGAGGAGGAGGAGGGUCAAGGUGGUAAUUUCAGGCAGAGGCUGAUGGGUAGGAGGGAGCAAAAAUGGGCAAUGAGGAACAAGGAGUUUCCUCCUCCUAUACCUUUGUUGGCUCGCACUGAGAACUUGCCUUCUCAUAUGCCUUGGGUGUUGAAAAGGCAUUAUACAAGUGAUGGGAGGUUGAUUUUGACUGAGGAGAAGGUUAGGCACCAUGAGUACUUCAGGGCUCAUAGGUCUAAUGGCAGGCUCACUUUGCAGCUUGUGCCUUUGGAUGAUGAAGUUUUGAUUGCCCCAGUUGCUUGUGAUGAGGGAAAUAAAGAUGGGAAUGGGAAUGAUAAUGAGUAUGAUGAUCAGGACCCACAAUGUGAUGAUCAUGGUGAUGAUGAUGAUGAAGAAAAUGAUGAGGAUAUUGAUGGUGAUGAUGAUGAUGAUCAUGUGGUUGAAGAUCAAUCAAUAAGUGGGAAUAUUGGCGGAUCAGCAGCAGGGAAGUGCUUCAAUUUCAACAGUGUGGGAACAGGAUCACCUUGCAUCUUUGGAGUGCCAGUGCCGGCCAUCAGGCAGGUUCACAGUUAAAAUUUGUUUGAUGGAGAAUGCCACACAAAAUUUAUGUCAAAUUCCACUCCAUCACUUGAAAAUUUUAUUUUGUAGGUCAUGUGGCUCAUCUGUCCAUGCUUCUUCUUGUUCUUCUUCUAUGUUGUUAGGUUUGUUAGUUGUGUCCCUUCAAAUUCCAUGUGGGCUAUUCAUGAGGAUUCAGAUUUCUUUUGUAUAGGUUUUGCAGCACUGUGGAGGAAAUUUUAUUUUAUUUUUUUCAUUUCUUCAAA